GUGGCGGACUUUUUUAUGUCCGUAUGGCAAACCUGUUUUGUCGAUUACGUGGUAUAGGCUGGCAUGGUAGACUGGUUGUGGUAAAGGGAUCAGAGACUGCAGAACUGGGACAAAGACAAGAAAGCAUGGUUAUACACGUUACAAGUUGCAGCGACAUGUGAGAUUACUUACAAGCUGUUGUGACUGCCACGAAAUUCUCUAAUCACGUUUCCAGAAUAUAACGUUACAUUGUCACGGGAUAUGCUUAAGUGUGGAAUUCUUCAGCGUCGCACCAUGGCUGCGACAGAAUAAGUAUGGACGCUGAAACCUUUUGUUUGUAACGUGUAUUGUGUGUGGGAUAUAUACACAUCUAACAGCGGAGAUUAACAAGACGUUUGGGAUCAUCUUUUAUUCUGGAAAUUCAAACAUGUUCUCUCAACAUUGCAUGACUCUUCUGGUAUUGAUACCAACUGUUCUGAUACUGCUCGGUACUGAAGGGUCGACGGAGAUAGUUAAAGCGACCACCUGUCAAUACCAGAAUGUGACGUACACCGCCCGGCAGACCUUUAAGCCUGACCCGUGCACGUUCUGCAAGUGUCCCCGCCACGGAGGGGAGGCUAGGUGUGCGGUAAUGGACUGUAAAUGGGAACCCCACUGCCUACACUUCGCGACUGACCCAGGUGUAUGCUGCCCCACCUGUCUCCGGUAUGGCUGUCUUCACAGCGACGGGAAGGUGUAUGAGGUGGGGUCAGUCGUGUCCAGGAGUAACUGUACCAAGUGCUACUGUCCGGAGUCUGGAGGGCGGACAGUCUGUGAGGUGACGCAGUGUUCGCGACCUCGCUGUGUUGACCACGUCGUCAGAGAGGGCAGCUGUUGUCCAUCCUGCCCCAACGGUCAUAACUGUCAGUACAAAGGACACAUCAUCCCAACCAACAAGAUACUGGACAUUGACCGUCGUCGAUGUCGCUGCAAGCGUCUGAAACUGUCAAGUGGGACGUCGCUGUUCGCCAGCUGUCGAAUGAAGCUCUACUGGCGAGCCAAACAUUGACUGUGGUACACAAAUGUGUCGCUGUUACGAAUGUGAACAUGACAUCAGCCAUACGCAAUACAAUAAAGCCAAGGGUCAUGUCCACUAGGCGAUCUUAAUUCUAUAGCUGUCUUUACUCCGAUAUUUGAACAUAGACUUACAUCAGUCGUACAACAUGCUUCGCUUUGUGGCAUAAUUACAUAGUACAUCAUGUGAGUGGUUAUAUACCUCCAGCUUGGUUAGAGAGGAUGGCGUGUUCUACAUUAUAUCAUCACAUCAGACCAGGAUUCCGAGUUGACAGGCAGGAAUGCAUGUCGUCUCCCUACUACCUUACUAGUGGUAUGCGCUUAUUUCACAUUAUCACAUAGCAUUUGAUUGAUGGGUAUAUCAACGUUUCCUCCAUUAUGUCAUAUGUUAAUCACAUACCUUGUAAGACACAGAACGUUGUGCAUUUCAUAAGCGUGAUGACUUUCGUUUAUGUUUAUAGCAUGUUAAUGGAUUUCAUUUACAGUCGAACCCCUUUAUCUCGAACCUAGCGGGACCGUGUUGUAGCUUCGACAUAUCCGGACUUUCGAGAUAAUGAGGCAUUGCAGAUCAAGUAACAGUAGAUACAUAGCAAUACGAUUGUUUAUACAAGAAAUUAAAAACUUGUGUAUGGGAUGACUAAUUGAAAUGUAUUUCACCAGCAAUGAUUAAUAACAAUUGUGGCACAGUGCACAUGUACGGUGCACAUGUACCUUAUUUAGCAUAGCAUCAAUCACUAUUUAGUCUGUCUACUUGUCAAAAACAAGAAAGUGCCACUCUCGCCUCAAGCUUGUUGACUCACAGCUUGAAUAUUAUGAGUAGCGUCUUGCGGCCUUGAUUCCCUUAAUCCGACUUUGAUUAGCAGUUGAAGACAAAUGACUAACCUAAUACGAAUACUAUAAGAUAUGUUAAAUUUAAACAUCGAUUAUUUUCAACAUCAAAUAAAACUUGUUCC